AUGAGUAGAAACCGUGCCUCCAUCCGUGAUCAGCACUUGGAAAUUCUCGAUGACAUCUAUGUCAGUGCACAAAACCGAACACUGCAGACCAUUGUCGACACUCUCGCUGCUGAGGACGUGCCAUCUGAUCGAUCUGGCACGAGUUACUCGUCGAUCGAUUCGGACUCAGUAGGGGUGUCGCUAAGCAGCUCACCGCGUGCGGGACUCGAGUCUGUGGGAUCGGACUUUGGCGCAGAGCUCGACUUGGAAUCGGUAGGGCCGCUUAGUGAGUCGGGUGGCGAGUCAGAUGAAGAGGCCGAAAGUACUACCUCAGAAGAUGAGCAACCAUGGCUGAUUGAUAGGUUCAGCUUCAUGCAGUUGACCUCUGCACUAUACAUCAUGCUCCACACCGCCGUGGAGGAGACACGCAUUUUUUUCCCCAAAAGCCCUGCUUUUCGGCAGCCUCAGCUAGGCUUACUUGAGUGGGCCCGCCAUAAUGAUCUCGGCCAUUUCUUGCGUAAACUACGCUUACGUCCCACGACCUUUGAUGUGAUUGUCACACUAAUUGAAAAUCACCAAAUAUUUCAUAAUUCAUCCAAUAGCCCCCAGUAUCCCACGGCCCUUCAGCUCGGAAUAUUCCUUGUUCGCGUUGGCCACUAUGGAAAUGCGGCAUCGUGUAAUGAAGUAGCCGAGUGGGCAGGAGUAUCAGUCGGCACUGUUGUCCUGUCCACUAAGCGGGUGGCCUUGGCGCUCAUGUCUUUGCAUGACAUGGCUAUGUGCAGUCCCACAGACGAUGAAAAACGAAAAGCCAAAGCUUUUGUCCAAUCAAAAGUGUGCGAAUCAUGGCGUGACGGCUGGCUUUCGGUCGAUGGGACAACAUUCCCAUUGUUUCAAAAGCCGAGCCAUUUUGGCGAGGCUUGGUACGAUCGAUCAUCAAACUAUUCGAUGAAUGCUCAGCUCGUAACCCUGCCUCACAACUUACGGAUCGUUGACUACGCCCUGGGGCACACAGGCAGUGUGCACGACUCUUACGCGUUUGAAGCUACACAAAUCUUCCGUGAUCACGCGCUAUUUCUGGAUGCCGGAGAGUGGAUAUGGGCUGACUCAGCGUAUCCCAUCCAAGAUUGGUGCAUGGCGCCAUUCAAGCGGCCCACAAAUGCUCGCAAGAUCGGCACGAAUGGGCCGUAACGUGGCUCAAGUCGUGCUUCAUCCUCCACAACUUGGUAAUUCUGAUUGAAGGUGACGAGAGCUCGGAUAACUGGUCCGAUCCGGGUGGGCAUAACAACCAUGAUGGUGUAGAUGAUCAGAGUGAGCCUUCGGAGGACGUGCCUGAUGAUAUUGCGGUAGUUGGUGAGUUGCCAGCUGCCCCGAGUGUUAUUGAUGGUGUCACUAUUCCUGAAGGACAGCUCUUUCGCCACCGUCUAAUGCUAGCACUAUUCUCGAGUCACCUGUAUGUAGAUUAAAUUCAUUGUCAGCUUUCUAGUCAGACAUACAAACUGAAUUCCAUUUGUAAAAUAAAACAAAGCACGAGUACAAAAGUUCAUCACAACAGUAUAGCAAGCAGAGAUAGCAAGUUAAGUCAAUGUCUAUAUCAUCCUCCCAUCAAUCACCAUCGAAUCGUCAUUGCCAUCAGCACUAUUCUCAUGUUCAUCACCGCUAUACUCCUUUUCUGCGAUGGACGCUCCUGGUUCAAACGUGGAUGAGGGCAAGGUGGAAGUGGAGGCAACAGGUCCAACAAUUGACUGUUCAAAGAGGUCAGAGAUGAUGGAAGAAGGGACAGGGGAGGUGGAGUUGUCCAUGAGAAGCGUUGAGAUAAUGCGAUUGUCCAAACCAGGGAUGUCCUUGACAGCCUGGAUAAGUUCGAACUUCAUCCUCAACAUGUCCUUUUCAUGUUGUCUUUGUUCACGUUCUCUUUUAAUUUGGCCUUCGGUAAUCAACGUCACCUUCUCCUUGAACUGUUCGUGUUGCAAGACAACAGUCUCCUUCUCCCUCUUCCGAUUUUCGAAGCGUGCGCGCUCUGCAAUUGCGGUGUACUUCGCAUUCUUUGCGGCCAUUUUACCUCCCUGCACAACGAGUUUCUCCUGCUCAAGGUUAGUCUUUCCCUGCAUGGCCUGUGCGACAGGCUCCAUGACCCGCUGCAUCAUAGACAUGUUGUCUUCUAACUGGGACCGCUGACGUUUACGAGGUUUGUCGUCUCCCUUUUCUGGACGCAAUGAUUCGUCCUUACUUGGCUGAUCCUUCGUAGUGGAUCGCCUAUUCGUAGUGACACGCUGCUCCUGGGCGGCUUCUUUGCCUGAUGCAGCCAGCUGAUUGCGAAGGGCGUCUCUGAUGUUUACAGACGUAGCAGGAUGUUUGCCUUUUUUCAAAGCAGGGAUAGGUGGAGAAACAGGAGGCGAAGUUGCAGGAGGCGGAGUAGAAGUCUGCGGUAAGUUUGAGAAAAAGUUGGAUCGUCCAGAUGCGGGGGAGGCAGGUGGUUGAUCGGAAAAGAAACUAGAUGUAGGAGAGGGCGGAUACUGGUUUGCGGAGAAACCAGAGUUGUCAUUGUCCAAGGUGGGAGACAUGGGAAAUGGCAUCCCCAAAGCACCAGAGAUCGAAGACGUCUGGUAUUGGGGUUGGGGUAAAGGAGACAUUGGGAGUACGGGCUGACCUUGACCCUGACCCAGCGUAUCAUGCUGCAGUUUAGAAAAAAGAGACUCGAAUGAAGAGAUGGAGUGGUUGUCCUGAAACAGAGAAGAUAACGAUUGAUGAUAAGCCCC